GACCAUUUGUCUACACGUGAAUGAAAUCAACAAAGACAGACGCGAAUUACAGCUGCGCGAUGGAUUGGUUCAUUGGGUUUUUCACCUUAAUGUUGUAACUCAAUAUUGUGACUAAUUUAAAAUUGUGUUUCGUCAACUGCAAGUCGAUUUUAUAUAAAAGAUUUUUAUUUCGUUUUUCAAUCUUUAAUGUGGAUUUUACAUACCCUAUUUCGUAGUUUAAUAUACACAGAAGCUAAUUAAAUGUUCAAAUUGCAUGCGUAUUACCAAGGCUACUAGACAUUAUAGAACAGGCCAAAGUAACAGUUUGUGGUCUUUUUUGAAUGAUUUUCAAUUUGCAUUUGUGAAGUGCGUGAAUUUAAUUUUGGAUUUACACAUGAAAUUACUUGGAAGCACCUUAAUUUACAACUUCUCUAAUCUUUUUAAUUUAGACUGCUCUCUAAUGACUUUGUGAGCGGAAUGUGGAGGACUGUCAUUUACAUGGUAGAUGAAGGGAUAUGACGAGAUGUGGAAUGACUGGCUAUGUGUAUGUUUGUCGGUUUGUCUGUACCUUCCAUUAGUCAGAUGUAAUACGCCAGAUGGAAAAUAUACACUGUCUGUUCCGAACGUAUAUGUUGCCUUCUCAAAAGAUCUUUACAUCAAUUACACAACACCACCAACUGUAUCCCUUCCAAAUGCGUACAUCCGAAUACUGGCUGGAGCAAAGAAUGAGAUUACAACACGUCCUCUAGAAGUAGGAAAACCUGUUGGUCAGAUUAAGAUAUCUUGUGGGGAAAUAGAGUAUGCUGCUGUUCAUUAUAUCGAACUGCAUAUGUAUGUUGGAGGACCUUUGCUAACCACAAUUUCCUUUCAAGUCACAUGGCCAAAAUUUCAGCUCAUUUUCACUCCAUCUCACCACAUAGCACAAACAAAACCAUUGACCAUGUGGUAUACGUCAGAAGCUAAAUGUAAAUCGCCCGUGAAACGCCAUAGUUUUCAUCUAGAUUUAGAACAUACCAAGGACGAUGAAACGUCAACCAAAAAACUUACUUUUGAAAUAAAAAAUACGAAAGUGUUCAACGAAAUAGACACGAAAAUAGGAAGCGUGGAGUAUACAUGUGAAACUUUUGAAGUUGCCGGACGUUAUAUUGCCGUCUUACGUAAUACGUAUAACGAUUCGGAAGUUAUAGCUCAGUCUAACAUUCUUCAUGUGCAAUGGAGUACUGCUUACAGAAUAAGCAUUUAUUCUUCAAGUGUAUUUCCAUGUGAGGGUCAUUUAUCUGUGAAGUAUGUACAGCCUACGUGUCCAGGAAAUAGAGAUCAGCUUCGAAUGUACUAUUUACGUCGUACCUUGACAGGAUCUCCAGCAGUUCCUCUUAACCGGAUAUACGUUACGGAAAAGUCAGCAUUUAACAACCAGUCAUCUGUUCUGUUUCCUUGUGGUUAUUUUGACGCUAAAGCAGUUGGGUAUUGUUUUGUAUACGUCAAUAUGGCAUCUGAUGGUUCUGUUACUGAGCAGGAUGAUGUAUGCAUUUCCGCCCAUCCUAAUACAGAUGGUAAAUGGGCAGUGUGGUCUGAAUGGAGUACAUGUAGUGUCUCAUGUGGCACUGGCAAACGGAGUCGCGGAAGAACAUGUACAGACCCCGAACCGGCCAAUGGAGGGAGGUUCUGUAAUGGCUUCCCUGUCGAAUUCAGACCAUGUGUAUCGGAGUGUUCAGACGAAGAUAUAGUUCCGGAUACACCACUCAAGCAUCUUCGUUUAGAGGGUGGUUGUGCAUGUGGUGGGUGCACCCUGAAUGCUUCCAAGGGGGAAAUUAUCGGCACUGGAAGAUGCAAAGGAAUAUCCCAAUGGACUAUUUCUGUGGCGAAAGGACACAUUAUAAUACUCAUAUUUCAGUAUUUUAACAUUCUGAUGGAUGAGCAGUGGCUCCGUGUCAGAGAUGGCGCCAAGUCAAAUGAUAACUUACUUGCUCAAAGUUAUGGACUAAUCAAAAUUUCUAAAGUGGUAUCGUCCUCAAAUAAGCUACUUAUCCAAUUCAAGACGAGAUUUAAUGUUUCAGUACCAUUAUUGUAUCACCGUAGGCUUCUUGCAGUUGAUCCACAAAGCCAAGGACUUUUAUCACAUAAACUCUCAUCAUAUGGAUUCAUUGCCACAUAUAAAUCGGAAGUUGACAAUUCAACAUCAUCGGUUGUAUUUGAUACGAUAUCUCUAAGCUCGCACCACGAGUCAAGCAUCUGGGAAAGUACUAUUACAAUUGCUGGGAUAUCACUCUGUCUCACCGUAGUUCUUAUAUUAUGUGUUCUUGCUAUAUAUCACAAAUUUUUCUAUCGUAAGAAACAUAAGUAUUCAAUGGCUGCUCAUGAGGAAACGCCCACUCAUAUCGCCAAAAGUACCAGCAUGCACAGUUCACCAAGUCAUCAUAGUGCUGGAAGUGGUGUUGAAAUUGAUUAUGACAUGGAGCGUCCUUUAACAGGAGGAGGAAAGAAAAAGGACAAUAACGGUCGAGUGUCACGUGGUUCAUCUAUAUCAAGUAAUCGAAGCGGAUUAAAAGUGAAAGUUAAAGCAACCGUAGAGUGUAGUCCUAAGCCUAUUCUUAAGCAGUAUAGUCCUAUGCCUAGUCCUAAAUUAAAUGCAAUUAAAGAUGAUAGUUCGGACAGGCAAAGUCUGUUUAACACUAGUCCUUUAUUGAAUAGAAAACCUCGAUCUCCAAAAAUUCACCCAUCACCGCGAUUUAAACAUUCAUCAAAAGCAAAAACGCCUACAUCUCCUGACAGUAAAUAUGAUUUAUUAAUCAAGAGACGACGGCGAAGUAAAAGUGAUAAGGUAAUUAAAGACAUAGAAGAAAGAAUAGUCCCUGGUUCUGAUGAUACCCCUGUUGUGGAGGAAAAGUCUUUUGAACCGGUCAAAAGUCCUGAUUCACACGAUACUCUAACUCCGACUAAUUCUAAACCACCAUGUGUUCAAAAUGAAACUGUCAAACAUGAAAAGGUAGAUAUACCACUGGUGUCUUUAGCAAAGACAGAGGAAACAAGAAAUCCUGCGUCAGGUGCGUCAGACGAAUCGUCAUCACCUGAUAACAUCGAUCAAACUACGUCAUUUAUAUCAGAAAAACGUCCACCAAGACCAACGUCUUUAACAGAGAUUCACAAAAACUUUCCCUCAUCUAAUUCUGUAUCUUCAGAAAAGAGAAGAAAGUUUGGUGAUAGGAAUAAAGGAUUACCACAACCCGAUGGAGAAAGUCCAAAAAGUUCAUUAACACAAUCAUCAAAGACUUCCACACCGAGAAGCGUUCAUAGUUCUAAAAGUAAACUGACGUUAUCGCCAAGUAGAAGUAUCACCUCUGAUAACCUUGAAAUGGAAUACGAUGAUUUCAUUGAUUAUGACGACCCUUUGUCUUACUUUGAUCCUGAAGAAUUAGAGAAAUUGAAGUGGAAAGGCGUUGAAAAGAUCUCCCCAAAAAACAAAGAAGAAGAAGAUUGAAUCUGAAGAUAAAUAGAUAAAUAUUGAUUACCACUUGGUUGCCAAUGGAAAUAAAAAUAUAUCUAUUUUUCUGACAUUUAACACUUAAAGCAGCUUUUAAUUUAGAUUAUAGCAUAAAGGACAACACUGACCGGCAUUUCCUGGAAGCCUUUGUGUGAUCCAUAUCAUUAUCUGUGUGCCUUUUUGUCUUGGUGUGUUGUCAAUUUCCCUUCUAAAGCUUAUUUGUCAAUCCCUCUUGCGGCCUAGCAGAAAAAAGUAAAAUAGCACAGACGCUUUUUACCUUUAUCCUCAUAAAAAUUUUUUGCUUUAUACAUUUGUACAUGUAAAAAUUUGAUAUAUCACAAAAGUAAUGAAUUGCAAGUGUAAUGGAGAAAAUCCAAAUAUAUCAAGUCGAAACCUCAUGAAUAUUUGUUUUUUUGUUCUCAUUUAUAAAUUUUAUAUGUAGAUAUCUUUUCAGUGUUUAUAAGAAACAUGCAUGUAUUAAGAUAUACUUUUAAUGAAUCAAAAUGUGACAAUUGUCUCAGCAAUGUCUAAUUAGUGUAUGAAAAAAUAAGAAGAUUCCAAAGGGACUAGUAAUAAGUAAGCCAGAGAAGUCAUGUAACUCUUUAACUAACUAAAAAUGAAAAUACAACCACAAGUCGGAGAAACACUGCACAGAAACAUAGUUUGAAUUAUAGGAACCCUACCGAACCAGGGUUAGCCUUAGCUUCUCUGGAUGGUAAUCAGCUCUUGUUAUACCAGUCGCACGCGUCUGGUUGUUAAUUAAAAUUUACUGAAGUAAUCAGACUGAUGUCCAUGAGAGACGCAAUAUCUGGUUAAGUACUCAAAUGGUAAUCAUAUGAUAUUAAAGUUUGCUUUAUACUACGCUAGACAAACUUUUUAUGAAGUUGUAUGCUUUCACGAUGCAAAUGUUCAUUGUUUCUGUCGUCAAAUGGUUUUGAAAUAUGAUCUCGUUUAUAGAAGAAAACAAGAGUUUAAAGAAUACAUUACGUCGUUGUAAUGAAGCGUAUUAGACCACAAUAAAUUAAUGUUACGUGUGCUUUUAAGAAAGUAUUUUAUCAUUUUGUAAUUUUUUAAAUACAAGUUAAUACUGACUAAGUGAUUCUAUUGUUGUAUUACGUCUACAUGUUUGUUGUUGGUUAUAGUUUUUUUUAAAAUAUUUCUGCCAUUUGCUGCAAACGGUUCUUGGUUUUUCUUGCUAAAAAUAUGAUUUGGUAAAAUGUUUAAUGGACAAAUUCUAUUUUUAUUUUCACAUUUUGGAGUAAUUAAGUGCACAUGUUAAGUACUGAAGUAUGUAAACGCUUUCGUUUCUCGGUUAAGCCAACAAAGACUGGAUUGUAUGAAACAAAAUAUGUAUACACAAUUCAUUGCUUUGUAUGAUAAAGAUAAGUGCAAUAUUUAUCUUCUUUGCAUGUUAAUACAAUGCAAAUACCAUUAAAAGACAAAUGAGAAAAAAUAGUCUUUUUGUCUAGGUAAAAUAAGGGCUGCCGAAAAAUGAUACGUUUGUAAUUUUGAUAUAAUCUUCAAAUAUCAACAUAGAAAUGAUAAAUUACUUUCCUAAGCGGUUGUUUUUACAAAAAAAUGUGUUUAAUGCUUUUUGUUCAUGUUGUUAAUCAUUGUGAUAUAUAUUAUUUUUUUUUUAUUAUUUUCAGACAUUUUAAAGUUUAUCUGUAUUGAAAUUUGAAGAAACACAUACUUUUAAAUGAUAAAACAUGAGAUGCAAGUUACUGCUAAAUUUUUCGUGCGAAUGCCUGAAGAUGUUUGACGUUAUUUAUUUAUAUUUUGUUAUAAAUGAUUAUUAAACAUUGAAACGUG